AUGUCUCACGUUCUCUUUCCCUCCGUCUUCGUCUUCCUCUUCCUCCUCCUCUCUCUAUCCCCAUCCGCAACCAGCAGGGUCGCGAAGCCGAACUGCGAGAGCAAAUGCGGAAACAUAACAGUCCCAUAUCCCUUCGGCAUCGGCUUGAAUUCCGGCUGCUCAAUAAGCCCUUGGUUCGCCGUCAACUGCAACUCCUCCUUCGACCCCCCAAAGCCAUUCGUCUCUGAGAGCAACAUCGAGAUCGUCGACAUGUCCAACAACGAGGUCCGCGUCAAGAACUGGCUGGCCUCCGCCUGCUUCGACCGCUUCGGCGCCAAGACGUUGGCCCUCGAGAUAGCGUGGAUCAGCCUCGGAGCGACGUCCCCCUACACCUUCUCCGACAAGAACAGGUUCACCGUGAUCGGCUGCCAUGAGAUGGCGCUGGUGAGGGGCACGCUGGGCCGCAACUACACCGGUGGGUGCAUCUCCAUCUGCUCGGCCCCCGAGGAUAUGAUCGACGGGGAAUGCACCGGCGCCGGAUGCUGCCAGACGGUCGUGCCAAAGGGGUUGAAGAACUUCAACGCGACUCUCAUCCCGCUCGGGAAUCACACCGCGAUCUGGUCGUUCGAUCCGUGCGGCCACGCAUUUCUAGGGGAUUCCGAGAGCUACAAAUUCAGCAUCGCGGACCUCAACGACCCGGGCUUCCGCGACAGGACGAUUGAGAAUGUGCCGGUGGUUCUUGAUUUUACGGUAGGGGAGGGGAGUAGUUGCAAGGAAGCUAAGGAAUCUAGUGGCUUUGCUUGUCUUGAUAAUAGCGACUGUGUUGAUUCUGAGGGAGGAGGAUAUAGGUGUUUGUGUCGUCAAGGGUUUGAUGGCAAUCCAUAUCUUAGCCCCGGCUGCACAGAUAUUGAUGAAUGUGUAAGUGAUCCCUGCGGUGAACAUGCGAUCUGCAAGAAUGUUAAUGGCACGUUUAACUGCUUCUGCAAAAAGGGAUACUCAGGUGAUGGGAAGAAGACCGGGAGUGGUUGCAUGAAGAAGUCUGGGACUUCUACCACUAAGGUUUCUUUAGGUGUAAGUUUUGGGUUGUUGGCAUUAGCUAUCGGUAUGGUUGUCCUAAUCUUUGGUGUGAAGAAAAGGAAGCUAAUGAAACAAAGAGAGAAAUUCUUUGUGCAAAAUGGUGGUGUGCUUCUAAAGCAACAAAUAUCCUCAAAUGAGCAGAGUAUGAAAUUAACCAAGAUCUUCACGGCUGAGGAGUUGGAGAAGGCCACCAACAACUACGCUGAGGAUCGGAUACUAGGAAAGGGCGGCUAUGGCACGGUAUACAAAGGGAUCCUCCGCGAUCAUCAAGUUGUUGCAAUUAAAAAGUCGAAAGUGAUGGAUCAAACCCAGAUCGAGCAGUUUAUCAACGAGGUGAUCAUCCUGACACAAGUCAACCACCGAAACGUGGUCAAACUGUUGGGGUGUUGUCUUGAGGCGGACGUCCCUCUCUUGGUGUAUGAAUAUGUCUCCAACGACACACUCUUCCACCACAUCCAUAACAGCGGAGGGAUGCCUUGGUUUUCAUGGGACAAUCGUCUAAGAAUCGCAGCUGAGGCGGCCGGCGCACUGUCCUAUCUGCACUCCGCAGCUGGAAUGCCUGUCAUCCACAGAGAUGUCAAGUCACCCAACAUAUUACUGGAUGAGUACUACACAGCUAAAAUUGCUGAUUUUGGUGCAUCCAGAUUAGUUCCCAUUGACCAGACAAUGGUUUCCACUUUGGUCCAGGGAACCUUAGGUUACCUGGACCCCGAGUACUUCCACACGGGCCAGUUGACAGAGAAGAGUGACGUGUACAGUUUUGGGGUCGUCCUGGCUGAGCUUAUGACAGCCAGGAAGCCCCUUUCCAACACGAAGAACGACCAAGAAAAGAGCCUUGCUACUUUCUUCGUCAUGGCACUGAAAGAGGAUCGUCUGUUCCAGAUACUCGAUCCUCGGGUGCUCAAGGAAGGAAGCAUCAAGCAAAUCCAGGACGUUGCUAAGCUGGUGAAGAGAUGCGUGAAGAUGAACAGCGAGGAUAGGCCGACAAUGAAGGAGGUGGCGAUGGAGCUCGAAGGUUCGAGGAAGCUCAGCAAGCAUCCUUGGACCGAACAACAGAUUGAAGAGGAUGGUGUCCCGUUGAUGAGUGAGCAGCAUUCUGAUCUGUAUGCAGUGCCGGAGCAAAUGAGUUCCGAUUUUAGCACCGGGCAGCAUAGUUUGAACAGCCGUAUGAUCCAUCCUAUCAACAGCCCGCGUUGAGCAUCGGCCCUAUAACUGCUAUACGAUGAAGGAGAACUCGUCUCAAAAGACUAAUCCAUGAGAGAGAGUUCGGAUGAGUCCGUAACAUUAUUGAUUUGCUACUUCAGUAUUCCUACUUUCUUUUGAAAAUUUGCUUUAGUGUGAUAAUUUAAACACAGCUGCUC